GGGCAGCUGAUUGGCAAUAUAACACCCGGGAAACCAAAACGCGGCAUUAACCCCAAAGAGAGCGGCUAUUUCUGCAUGGGAAAGUAUUUAAAAAAAAAAUAUAUGUAUGUUUCAGCUUUAACUUGUUGAGAAUUGCAACGGAUCAAUCAACGAGAUUGAGCAAAGUGACCAAAGCAAAAGAAAAUGGUGUUAAAUAAAGACACAUAGCUCACAUAAGGGUUAAGAUGAGAGCCCUUUGCAAUGACAGCCUUAACUUGUUGAGAAUUACAAAGGGUCAACCAAAGAGAUUGAGCUAAGCUUAAAAAAUAAUAUGAAUAAAUAUAAGAUGUUAUACACAAAAACUAGAAGUCUAUAAAAUGGGGUCAAAUGUAGACACACAGCUCACACAAGGGUUAAGAUGAGGCUAAAUUAUAAGUGUGUGUGUGUGUGUUCGUGUGCUUGUGUGUGUGUGUGUGUGUGGUUGGCUAGUUGGUUGGCUGCAAUAUGCUUUACGGCUCAUACUUGUAAUUGCUGGUAAAUAAUUUCCAGUUGCAAGUGGCAAUUGCAUUGGCCUCAUAAAUAUCGCCAACUCGGUCGAGAACUAAAAGCCGAACCGCAAAAUUUAUAGUCAACACUUAAUCUAAGCUGUCAAUGCGCCCGCAACAGCAGAAACACAACAACAACAAUGGAAACAAUGGCAACUAACGUAAUUGCAGCACAUUACGACAAUACGUAAAAGUGGCACAGUUGUUGACCAACACUGGCAAGCACACACACAUACAGUCGCACAUACAGUCGCAUAUGUGUGCGCGCAGAGAAGUCGUAAAGUUUUAGUUGCAUUCAGCCUUCCUACGUUUUCGUCUUCAUUUUCGUUUUCGUCUUUGACUUUUAAUUUAUGUUUCAAUUCCAAUUAGCAGACGAGGCGCGUGGAGCUUUUAUGCGAGUCCCGUUAAUUGACUUUCGGCCUGGCGCUGGCGCGUCAUUUGUAAUUGUAUACAAUAGAGAGAGUGGGAGAGUGGGAGAAUGGUGGAAUGGGAGAGAGCGCACGUGAGUGUGGGCGAGAUCGGGAGAGUGAGGUUAAGUGGCCAAUGCAGCUAAUUGAAGUUCAAAUUGUGCUCGGGCAUUGGGUAAGGCGCUUAGCCAAGGAAACCGUUCAAAUGCUGCACACACUUGCACACACAUACAUACUUGAGUGUGACCAGGCGAGCAAAAAAAAAAAUGGCAGACGAAGACGAAUUCACAGCAAAUUCACUUAAGCGACGUAAAAGCAACUAAAGCCAAUUUAACAGUCAAUACAAAGGCAGACACACACACACACACACACACACACACAUGCACACUAAGGCAGUUAAGCGCCCACACAAGCGCAUGGCAAUUGUAAGGCAAACGGAAAUAAAAUCAAGCAUAAAUGCAAUAAUACAAUUUAUGUGCCAAAUUUCAUAAGAGCCAUAAUGGACUCACACACACACACACACUCGCACACACACACACACAAAUCAAGCAAAAGUCAUCAACAAACAAAGGUGACUCCUUGCACAAAAGUUGAACGUAAUCGUAAUCACGUUUGUGUUCCCAAGAUUCUGAAUGUUGAUGCUAUUUAUGUGUCAUUUUCAUUGCGCAAAACUUUUGCAGACGGUCAAGGCAACAAUGUGCCCGAAUUUCUACUUGAAAACGGACUCUGCUUCUUAAUGCUACUCCACUCCCUUGCCCCCCGCUUGCUGUCUUUCGCAAGUUAACAACAUUUGCUUUACGUUUGCCAAUUGGAUUAUAACUCAAUUGUAGUUGAGCGAUUUUGUUGGUAUCGAAUGGAAGUAUCGAAUGGACUGCUUUACUAUUCGAGUGCCGGGCUAUUGAGUAGGCAACAAUAGCAAAAACUUGCAUUCAGCUGCGGCAAGCGUAACAACACAAAACUAUACGAAGUGUUAAUACCCUACAAAAUGUUGCAUGUAAGUAAGUUGUCAGAACUGUAAAUUCAAUUCCUAAUAAAAAUGUUUAUAAAAAAAUUGACAAUUUUUGCUGCUUGAUUUGAGCCAGCAACUUCUCGCUCGGUAGUUCGACGCUUAGCAAGCUAAGCUAAGGCAUACUAUAAAAAAGAUGUCUAUAAAAGAAUUCGGCAAUUGUUACUGAUUGAUUUGAGCCAGCAACUUCUCGCACGCUGGUUCAACGCUCAGAAACACAGAAAACUAAGGAACCUAUACGAAGGAGCCUUAUCGAUUCCAUUUUAGAGGUUAGUAAGUGUCUAAUAGGAAAAAUAAAAUACGCAAUUCCAAUAAGAUUGAAGUAUGACAAUUAAGAAAUUUCAAGGCAAUUUCUUAAUAUGAUGCAAGUUGAUAUAAAAAUGUAAGAAAAUAUGCUCAGAAAAUAAAAUUAAAUGCCAACUAGAUUUCCAAAUGUGACCAAUAAGAACUUUUAAGCAAAUACCUGAAAGGGAAUUUUCGGUUUGUGAAUCCAUUGUUGUGAUGCUUUGGCCCAGAUAUCCGCAUGUCGGAGUAAGUGCCACAAAGACAGCUCGAAGCAGUUGAGCUCGUGCUCGUCGAGAUGCAUUAACAAUUUGCCGGGCUUAAUGCAUCUCCGAUGGGCCAUAAAUUGUGCUGGCUUUUAUAUUUUGGGGCAUGGUCAGCGCUUGAGGGCACUUCAGCGGCCAGGUAGGCGAGAUAUGUGGAGCAGGUGAGCCGAACAAUUGUUGCUUGUUAUGCAAUAUGGGCAAUAAGUGAUCCAGUGACACGCCCUCCAUUUGCUGUCACAUUGUGUUGGUCAAAUUGAUUUGCCACGAUCUCGAGAUAGACAAAUGGAUUUAUGAAAGUCACGCCGCAAACUGGGCCAACGCAUGAGUAAUCGACCGGGCCACAGUGCGUGGAGCAUGGUGCGUGCUGCGUGGUGCUUUUACCUAUUUAUAAGACUGGACUGAAGCUAGAAAAUAGCAACAGUUGAUCGUCGACUUCUUUUACAGCUUCAACAUGGCACACCAAAUCCUGGCACUGAGCUUGCUGCUCCUCCUCUCGCCCGCCUGGGCGGGCAUCAGCUAUCUGGGCGAUGAGCACGCCGUGGCGCAUACACAGCAGAAUGUGGUCAGGAGCUACGAUGGCACCGUCUCGCACUAUGCCAAGUCGGUGGCCACGCCCUACUCCCAGGUGCACAAGCAGGACACGCGCAUCAGCAACAAUGUCUAUCAGCCGGCCAUUGCUAAGACUCUCAGCUAUGCCGCUCCAGCGUCCGUCUCCGUAGGCUAUGCAUCGCAUCAGCCCACGCUCUUCACCCAGGCAGCUCCAGUGGCUCCCGUCUACCACCACCAGCAGCAGCAGCACAUUCCGGCUGCCCAGGCCAGCUAUGCCAGCCAUCAGCCCGUCGUGGUUCAUUACUCGCCCGCGGAGACCGUUUCCCACAUGAGCUUCGAUGGAUUCGGCACCCAUUGGGGCUACUAGACUGGUUUUUUAUUGUUUGUUCGACUAUGUUUAAGAGCUUACAAUAAAAGAUAUUCUUAAUAUAUGAGCAGAAGUAA